AUGACUGCCGAAACAGGUACGUUGAUUGAUCUUGGCCACAAUCAUCCGCGCGGCCCGGUUCUCGCCUUGUAUUCCAGUCUUCCCAUCGAUCAGACUUCCUCUCCUUUACAAUAUUUAGACCCGGUAUCGCUUGCCGGUUUGGUAUGGGGUUCAUCAUCCGUUGAAUUACAUUUUUGCUCCUACACUGAAACUGUCACCGCUACCGGCCCCGCCCCUUCUGCACCUCCGAAUAAGCAAAAUUCCAGGCAUAUCAGCGCAUUCGCCAAUAUCAGCUCAGUUACACUUAUUCCUUCAGUCGCCGAAGCCAGACUGUGUCGCUUCCUCAAUAGGGUUUGCUGGGUUCCGGAGCGAGCACCGACAUGCUCGGUUCCGGGAGCCCUCGUUGAUAGCAAAGACGGACAGAGAAAGCUGCUAGGGGAGCUGACCGGAGCGAUGUUUUCCGACGGUCACGGCAAUUCAGGAGCCGCCAGCAGCUCUGAAGAGCAGCAGAUAUCGCACUCGAACAACCUUGCGUCAUCCGACGUGCAAAUUCCACCUGAAGCUCCGUCCAGCCCCAAGUUCGUCACAAAUCUUGAAAUAUGGUCCACAAAGAUACCGGAUUACUACAUUGCGCCCUUCUGCGGCGCCAGUGCGGGUGUGGCCUCUGGAAUUGUCACAUGCCCCCUUGAUGUGAUCAAGACGAAGCUGCAGGCGCAAGGCGGAUUUCUCCGACGAGGCGGCGGAGUCGUCGAGGCAAAAACCCUCUACCGAGGUAUGCUAGGUACUGGGCGGAUCAUAUGGCGGCAAGAUGGAAUUCGGGGUCUAUAUCAAGGAUUGGGACCCAUGCUCUUGGGAUAUCUGCCUACCUGGGCCGUAUAUUUGGCUGUCUAUGACCGAUCUCGAGAAUACUUCUACGAAACCACCGUCACCAAUCCCAUCUGGGUCAUCAAAACGCGGCUUAUGUCACAAAGCCUCAAGUCCAACAGUGAAGGCUACACGGCUCCAUGGCAGUACUCAAGCACUUGGGAUGCAGCCCGCAAAAUGUACAGGACCGAAGGAAUUAGGUCAUUCUAUUCUGGACUGACCCCGGCGUUACUCGGUUUGACGCACGUCGCCAUUCAAUUCCCGCUAUACGAAUACUUGAAAAUGGCGUUUACGGGGUACAGUAUAGGGGAACAUCCUGAUAACGGUGGCUCCCAUUGGAUUGGCAUAUCUUGUGCGACAUUCUUAAGCAAAAUUUGUGCCAGCACUUUAACCUACCCGCAUGAAGUGCUACGAACAAGACUUCAGACACAGCAAAGGACAUCUCCAGCACCUUCUCCCGAAGAGAUCACAUUUCGUGGAGGGUUAGAUCACCCACAAGACCGCGGGAGGCCCCCAGGAGCGGCCUCAUCGGACGGCAUGGCCAACCGCCCGCGGUAUACGGGCAUUAUCCGUACAUUUCAGACCAUUCUGAGGGAGGAAGGCUGGCGCGCAUUCUACUCCGGCAUCGGGGUGAACUUAUUCCGGGCUGUACCGGCUGCCAUGACCACAAUGCUUACUUACGAGUAUCUCCGUAAGCUAAUUGGUCACUUGCAACAUUCGGGAGAAAUGAAGCUGCGUAUGGCAGAUGAUAGAGAAAGAGCCACGCUGCUACAGGAUGAGUAA